AUCCUCACAACCCAAAAAGAUGCUUCUCUUUCUCUCUCACAUACUUGCCUAAAGGAACCACCUUUGGUUUAAAAUUUGUGUUUUUGCCUUUUCUUACACAGAAAGUAUGAUACUUGAAUAAUGGGCUGGUACAUUUUAGGAUAUUUAGAUUUGUUCUUUUUGUUUUUCUGAGUUUUGGGUUGUUGAGAUUGUGAUACACUUGUCAGAGAAUUGUGGGUUCUGUUUGGUUUUCUGGUUUUUCAGUUGUGUAAUAAUAUUUUGGUGAUCAAGAAGAAGGUUGAGGAUGGGUAUAGUGAGUACCAUAACUGGUUUUAUUGGGUUUGGAAUGGGAAUUUCUCUUGGCCUUUUAGUUGGCUAUUACCUUUUUAUCUACUUCCAAUCAACUCAUGUCAAGGACCCUGUUAUUCGUCCCUUGGUUGAACAUGAUGCAGAAACUCUGCAAAGUUUGCUUCAAGAGAUACCAGUGUGGGUGAAGAAUCCAGACCAUGACCGUAUUGAUUGGCUUAAUAAAUUCAUCGAGAAAAUGUGGCCUUAUUUAGACAAGGCAAUUUGUAAGCAAGUGAAAACCAUAGUAGACCCCAUCAUUGCUGAGCAGAUUCCUCAGUACAAAAUUGAUUCAGUUCAAUUUGAAGUCCUUUCUCUGGGAUGCUUACCACCUGCUUUUACAGGAAUGAAAGUUUAUAGUACUGAAGAGAAGGAAUUGAUCAUGGAACCAACGCUGAAGUGGGCAGGAAAUCCAAACGUCCUUGUAGUAGCUAAGGCAUUUGGCUUGAAGGCCACUGUUCAGGUGGUUGACUUGCAAGUAUUUGCUUCUCCACGUAUCACCCUGAAGCCAUUGGUUCCCUCUUUCCCUUGUUUUGCAAAAAUAUUAGUGUCUCUUAUGGAAAAGCCUCAUGUUGACUUUGGUCUGAAGCUGCUCGGAGCAGAUGCUAUGUCCAUCCCGGGCCUGUAUAGCUUUGUCCAGGAAAUCAUCAAGGAUCAGGUUGCAAAUAUGUAUCUAUGGCCCAAAGUACUUGAAGUGCAGAUCAUGGAUCCUGCCAAGGCCAUGCAGAGACCUGUUGGAAUCCUCAAUGUAAAGGUUGUUAGGGCAAUGAAGCUUAAGAAAAAAGAUCUUUUGGGAGCUUCAGAUCCAUAUGUUAAAUUAAAACUUACUGAGGAUAAACUGCCAUCAAAGAAAACAACUGUGAAACAAAAGAACUUAAACCCUGAAUGGAACGAAGAAUUUAAUCUGGUUGUCAAGGACCCAGAAUCUCAGGCUUUAGAGCUUGUUGUGUAUGAUUGGGAACAGGUUGGAAAGCACGAAAAGAUGGGUAUGAAUGUGGUACAUGUGAAAGACCUUACACCUGAAGAGACAAAAGCUCUGACUCUUGAUUUGUUAAAAAACUUGGACCCCAACGACUCUCAAAAUGAAAAAUCACGAGGUCAGCUUGUUGUUGAAGCAAUGUACAGACCGUUUAGUGAUGAUGAGAAACCAGAUGAUGCUGAAGAUUCUGAGGUUCAAAAGGCUCCUGAAGGAACUCCUGAUGGAGGUGGGCUGCUUGUAGUUAUCGUCCAUGAAGGUCAAGAUCUUGAAGGAAAACACCACACAAAUCCAUCUGUGCGGUUAUUGUUCAGAGGUGAAGAAAGGAGAACAAAGGUUGUAAAGAAAAACAGAGAUCCAAGGUGGGAUGAGGAGUUUCAAUUCAUGCUGGAGGAGCCGCCUACUAAUGACAGGAUACAUGUAGAAGUUGUCAGUACUUCGAAAAGAAUGGGACUUUUAUAUCCCAAGGAUACUCUGGGAUAUGUGGAUAUAUCCCUUGCAGAUGUGAUCAGCAACAAGAGAAUCAACGAGAGGUACCACCUUAUUGAUUCAAAGAAUGGUACAGUACAGAUUGAGCUGCAGUGGAGAACUUCAUCUUAAAGACUCAAUAGUCAUGUAUUCCCUAGACCUUUAUUCUACUUCUUGCUGCCUGCUUGUCCCCUUUCAAGAAUUGUGCGGAUAUCUUUCAACCCGAGUUUAUCAGUUGCAUAGAUAAAUUCAUUCAAGAUUAUUUUUUAUGCUAGCUUUGUUUCUUUCAGAGUGAAGUUCCUGUACACCAGGAAAUGUAAAACCUUGUGAAUGAACAGAAUGUCCUUUUGUAAUAUUGACAGGUAGACUUCUGUUUCAAGAUUGAAUAAUGUUAUGCAUUGGUCAUGAUCUA